UAUGGCGUCCCUCACAUGUCGUGUGCAGUACCUGAACGACAUCGACCCCUUUUCGGCGUCCACUAAUUUUCCCGAGCCGGCCCGACCCCCCCUCUACACCCUCAACGUCAACAUCCCCCUCGUGAACCAGGUGGCUGGAAUACACCGGACGCUGAAGGCUCCGCACAAGUUGGACGACUGCACACUGCAACUAUACCGGUACAAUGGUUGCGAAGGGGAUUAUGGGAAUUACUUGGAUUUGGAAUCUACCAUAGACGAGCAGGCUGAGGAUUUCGAGGAUUUCCAUCAAAAUCGAAAGAAUGCCAUCAUAUUGAGGACGCAGCUAACUGUCAGAGUACACGCCAUCAUCGAAAAACUACUAAAUUCCAGUGGGCGAGAGUUAAGAAGAGCUUUGUUUUCCCUUAAACAAAUGUUUCAGGAUGACAAAGACCUUGUGCAUGAGUUCGUUCAGAAUGACGGUUUGGCCUGCCUCAUUAAAGUGGGUUCAGAGGCUGACCAGAAUUAUCAGAACUAUAUCCUGAGAGCUCUUGGCCAAGUGAUGCUGUAUGUAGAUGGUAUGAAUGGUGUCAUCCAACACAUUGAAACAAUACAGUGGCUGUACUCUCUCAUCUCCUCCAAAUAUCGCCUGGUGGUCAAAACAGCGUUGAAACUACUUCUAGUGUUUGUUGAAUAUUCCGAGUCGAACAGUCAACUCCUGAUGAACACCGUUUGCGCAGUCGAUUCUGAUAAAGGAUCCGUCCCCUGGAGUAACAUCAUGAACUUGCUAAAAGAAAAAGACUCAGCCGACAUGGAGCUCCUGGUAUACGCCGUCACCCUCAUCAACAAGACUCUGAAUGGCCUGCCUGACCAAGAUGCAUACUAUGAUGUUGUGGACAGUCUCGAGGAACAGGGAAUGGAGAAUGUCAUCCAGUACUACAUGUCCAAGCAGGGCACCGACCUCGAUCUGCUGCAGCAGUUUCAGAUAUACGAGGCUGUUUUGAAACACGAAGAUGGAGUGCCCAAUAACAAACCUUUUCCCUUGGAUGCACGAUUCAGCCGGCAGGUGCCCAGGAGCCGCAGACUUUCGGAUGAGAACGACCGACGGAAGAGCCGCCGUCAUUCUGUGGGAACCGUAAAUAACUCGGAAUCCAAACCAAAUAAAUUCCACAGCCGUUCUCUAGAAAACACCCCGGAAGAGUCCCCCUUCCUAUGGCAGGACCGAAAUCAAAACCACUUGAACGAUAUUGGAAACAAUAGAAACAAUCAAACUACUAAUGGGAUGGUCAAUGGAAAUGGCAUCAGCGAUACUGAUCAUGAUUUGAACGGUGGCAUCACUCCCGCCUUGCGUCGGAGGCGGGAAAGGGAUGCUCGGAACAAAUCUCUAAUCAAGGAACAAGAGCAGAAUGGAAAAGGAGGCAUGUACCGGCGUUCCGACAGUCUUUCUUCUUCUAGCAGCCUACAGUCUGACGGUUGCGAACCUCUAGUCAAAGAUGAUACAUCUUAUAUCUCCCUCGUAGAACGGCACCGUUCUCGAUUCGAAAAUCAUGUUGAUCAUGAAAACCGAAAGAACAAUGAACAUUCAAAGCCAGAGACAGUCCAAACCGAAGAGAGAAAAAAACUCAGUGAUACGGGCAGGCCCAACUCUCUUCCAUAUGGGAUGACAAACAACAGUAAAAAAUCGUGGAUGCUAUCCAUGAUGUAUGGUAAGAGCCAAGAUGAAGAUGUCAAAUCUCCCACAGAGACUCUCACGAACGGUGUUGAAAUUGUAAAUAAUAACUACAUUGUAUAUAAUAAAAAGCGUGAAGACGAUUCUCCAAAUUGUCUGAAAAAAGACAACAGUGUGAAAGACAUGCAGGAGAAAUUCAUACAUCGAAAUGGGGAAUCUGGUGUCAGGUCUCCGACUUCGGAUAGCUUGUCUCGCAUUGGUGAUCCCAGCGGCAUCAUCAGCAGGGCUAAGGAGGGAUUAGCAGCCAGCAAGCAUCGUCCAGAAUCCAAGCCCAUGACACCCCUUUCUCCAAGUUCUUCCUUCAUCCAAGACCUUAAGAAAGCAGACAGUGAUAUACAGUGGGAGGGGCUUAUCAAAUCUGUGAAACGACCUCUCAUUAUCAAUGAUCUGGACUUCACAGAUUUGAGACCGGAAGAGGAUACUGAUGUGUUGGAAAGUCUUGAGCCUGAAAGACACUCUGAAGUCAACGGAGGUCCACCACCGCCACCUUUGCCCCCUGGACUGGGUCCUCCUCCGCCACCUCCUCCUCUGCCGAUGGGUGCGGGACCUGUACCACCGCCACCACUUCCUCAAAACGGCUCCUCACCUUGUUCAUUCAGAAUGAACGGGGUAGAUUCUUCCCCUGUAGUGCCGCCAACGUGGUUAAAGAGGAACCAGCACCACUCUCAAGAUGUGAAAGAGCCUUUGAAAGGGAAGACCAAAAAGACUGUGAAACUCUUUUGGAGGGAAGUAAAAGAAGAUAAGGGCCUUUUAAAGAGGAUAGGGAAGAAGAAAACCAUUUGGGACGAAUUGAAACCUGUUCCUGUGGACACACAGAAGUUGGAACACUUGUUUGAAAACCGUGCUAAAGACACAAUCAAUAAG